AUGCAAGAACGAGCGAAUUCACAUCUCCAAGGGACAUUGAGGGUCACAACACUCACAAGGCGUCGACGGUCACCAGAUCGAGGGUUUCAGGCCCAGGAGCACACCGUCACGACCCUGCUCAACCUCUCCCUCCAUGAUGGCAACAAAACCAUAAUCGCUUUGGCCGCGAUGAACGAGGUUAGGCUCUCGAUUGGUGCGUGCGACGCGAUUCUGCCGUUGGUGGACCUACUCGUCGGUCGAGAGAAAAAAGAUGCGCCCACCGUGUUUUACAAGUUGUGCACGACGGUGCCCAAACGAGGAUUGGGCGGUGGCGAUCGGGGCCAUGGAGUCACUGUGGGCGACAGAGGCGGAGGAGGCGACAGUAGUGCUAAGAAGCGUGGCCAUGGUUUUUUGAUAUUGGGAUUUCUAGGGUUAAAAUUGUGA